GGGCAGGACGCCUGCGCCGUGCGCCGCGACCGGCGGGGGGGGCCUGGCGCUGCAUCCCAGCGCACGGAGUUGCGGGCACGGGCGCCGGCAUGAGCAGAGGCACUGCCGCGCCCAGCCGGAGCUGAGCCGGGAGACAAAGGGGAGAGGCUGCCGCCAUGGGCGAGCAGCUCCGCGCACAGCCCGCCGCACCGGCGGGACCGCCACCGCCCACCGCCUCCUCCUGCUCGCUGCUCGGCGGGCUGCUGCAGAACGGCUUCCACCCCUCGAGCCAGCCCCUGAGCAACGGCGGCUGCGGAGAGGCCCCGCACACGCUGCUGCUGCGGGCGGAGCUACCGCCGCUCAGCCACGGCUCCCCGGCCAAGAAAUGCAGGCUACGCAGGAGGAUGGACUCGGGACGCCGGCACAGGCCACCAUUUCCAUGGUUUGGAAUGGAUAUCGGUGGAACGUUGGUUAAACUGGUCUACUUUGAACCUAAGGACAUUACUGCAGAAGAGGAGCAGGAAGAGGUGGAAAAUCUGAAAAGCAUUAGGAAAUACUUGACCUCCAAUACAGCAUAUGGUAAAACUGGCAUUCGUGAUGUCCAUCUUGAACUGAAAAAUUUGACUAUGUGUGGACGGAAAGGAAACCUGCACUUCAUCCGCUUUCCCAGCUCUGCCAUGCACAGGUUCAUACAGAUGGGUAGCGAAAAGAAUUUCUCCAGUUUGCACACUACGCUCUGUGCCACAGGAGGUGGAGCUUACAAGUUUGAGGAAGACUUUAGAACGAUUGCUGAUCUACAGCUUCAUAAACUGGAUGAAUUGGACUGUUUGAUCCAGGGCCUCCUUUAUGUUGAUUCUGUUGGUUUCAAUGGCCAGCCAGAGUGCUAUUAUUUUGAAAAUCCUACAGAUCGUGAACAGUGCCAGAAAAAACCUUACUGCCUUGAUAAUCCAUAUCCUAUGCUGCUGGUUAACAUAGGCUCAGGGGUCAGCAUCCUAGCUGUUUAUUCUAAGGACAACUAUAAGAGAGUCACAGGAUCCAGUCUUGGAGGAGGAACAUUCCUGGGCCUGUGCUGUCUGCUGACUGGCUGUGAGACAUUUGAAGAAGCAUUAGAAAUGGCUGCCAAAGGAGACAGCACCAAUGUGGAUAAGCUGGUGAAGGAUAUUUACGGAGGAGACUAUGAGCGGUUUGGCCUUCAAGGGUCUGCUGUAGCCUCAAGCUUUGGUCAUAUGAUGAGUAAAGAAAAGAGAGAUUCCAUCAGUAAAGAGGACUUGGCUAGAGCUACUUUGGUCACCAUCACCAACAACAUAGGUUCUAUUGCUCGCAUGUGCGCAUUGAAUGAGAACAUCGACAAGGUGGUUUUUGUUGGCAACUUUCUCAGAAUUAAUAUGAUUUCUAUGAAGGUGCUAGCAUAUGCAAUGGAUUAUUGGUCCAAGGGACAGCUGAAAGCUCUGUUUUUGGAACACGAGGGUUAUUUUGGAGCUGUUGGGGCUCUUCUAGAAUUGCUUAAAAUGACAGAUGAUCAGUGAUGAAGCUGUCUGAAGGAGAUUCCUACUGCAGAUGCUGCUGGAUAAGAGUGAAAGCCACUACAAGGAUGGAAAUGAAGCCAUUAUGGUAGUUCUACCUGCUGGAUUUGUAAAUAAUUUAAAAUUCUUUUAGUGAUCUUUAACUUCUGGGUUUUGAGCUUAUACUUAAGAAUUCAUACUGGGAAUAAUGAGAUUUUUUUUCUGUACACUGUAUUUUUUAGGGGAAAAAUGUGCAAAGCGGCCAAACAUACAGAUUUUAUGGAUUUAUUUUAAAAAGCAGAUACUGUUUAAUAUAGAAACUACAAUAUGAGGCAUCUGCUUUUCUUCUGGGGUUUACUGAUCAGUGUGGUAAUUAUAACUUCAUUUAGUAAUCACUCUAGGAGAUUUUUUUAUCUUAUUUUCAUGACGUUUCAUGAUUUGUUCUUGGUUUCAAAUGAAACUACAAAGCUGAUGCAUUUUACUGUGAAAACUAGUCAUUGAUUUUGUUUGCCUUUCCUUUCCUCAUUAGAUGAGACACUUUCUUAUUUAAUAUCUUCCCUGCUCCUCCCAGAAAAUAGAUUUACAAACUUUCUGUGGCUACAUGGGUUUCUGGGCAAGACUGUGAGAAAACUUGGUGGGGCAGGGGGUUUAAGAUUAUAAUGUUUUCAGUAGUCAUGACUUGCAGCAGGAACAGAGUGCUAACUGGUUUUGCAGGACUAAUUGUCCUCUAUGUUAAAAACUUUAAACAAGAUGUAAACUAAAAUCUUAAUUAUUUGCUUGACACUAAAAUGAAAUCCUGUUCCUGUUGAAAAUCACUGAUCUAUACAAGGAGUACUGUAGUACAGAUGUUAUUUAUAUGGUACAUACUUGGUGUUAGAUGACAAAGGGAGGAGUUUGUGUUCAUUUAUUUGAAGAAUUUUCUGUAGUCUGCAAUUUUAAACUUGUUCUUAAUCAAAAACAACUGAUAAUUGCAUUAUUCAAGGCCCAGUUUCUAAAAUUAGCAAAAUACUGACUAAUGUAUUUUCUGUUUUUAAACUGAGGUUAACUUUCCCUCCAGGACACUAAGACCUGAGUGGGUUUUCCAAUACAGUAUUUUCUACCUUUUUUGAUUUGUAGACUUCUCUAGAUUAUUUUUUUCCCUGUUAAAUAGAGACCCUUUUGAAACCUAUGUUGUUAGGUUGCUGCAUGGCAUGUAGAAGCUUGCUGUUCUUGGACACCCUGAGGGCUCACAAAUCAGAAGCUGAAAAACAGUCCAUAAAUUUUGUCUUGCAAAAACUGUAUGUGAUAUCACAUAACGUAAAGGGCUCAUCAGAUGAACAGUAUAAAAUUCAGACACAUGUAUUAUCCAGUAUAUUUUUGGAAGAGGGUUUAUUUCACUUUUUUUAAUAGUCAUUAAUUUCUCCCAAAUGCUGAAAUAAAUUAAUAUCGACAAAAGUGUUAACUUGUCUGAUGGAAAUAAAGACCACUACUGUUUUGACUGUU